CCGCCUACCGAUCAAGACAUCGUCACAGCCAUGAACUACUUGCAACACACGCAUUUCGAAGCAAAGCUCGGUCAUAUCAACGUUCGACACUUCAUCGAAGCCCUUCACUACUUUCAGGAAUUAACGUGGUACCGAAUGAACCACGAGCUGGUCGCUGCCAACAACGUCCCCCAGUGGGCACAGAACAUGAGAAACACACUUGCGCAGCGCAUCACUGCUGCACGCCAGGUGACUCAGAACAAGCUUCACGCACUUCAACAAUCCAGCACAACGAUUUCGCGCAUAGCUGCAAAGGCCUACAAUGGCGCGCAGGGCCACGGCGGUGGUGCCCAUCGAUACGCUGUGGUCGCUUUCGUCGACGGAUCGUUGCCCACGGACGCUCGAAAUGGUGUCAGUCAUCUUGUGAACUACGGCUUCAAUCCUGCUCCCAAUGGCAAUCUGCCACAAGGCCUACCGGAGCGCCGCCGGGCCCUGAGGGACUCAAUCGGAGCGCGCGUCUACAUCUAGCAAUUCCUUUUCUGUACGUUAGUAUCACCCAAUUAUUGGCAGCAUACACACCGUGCUUCUGCCAAGAAUAUCAGAGCUCGUG